UCCCAGACGCUCCAUCCCCAGUCAUCUCCGCCUCCUUCUUCUGCCCCGCCGGCCGGGCUCCGUGCCAGCAGCAGGCUCAGCAGGUCCCAGGGGCGUGGCGAAGAGGCAGAGCCGGCCGGUCGCCGGUACAGAGGGAGAACCGGCCAGGAGAGAGUCAGGGAGCCAGCGACCCUCGUCCCCUGACCCCGGAGGAGGUGGGAAGGGAAGGAGGGAGAAGGCCAUGAGUUCCGUGUUCUACUACGCGCUCCCUGCCCUAGGCGGCUACACGCUGCUCUCCUACUGCUUCUUGCGCCGACCUUGGCUGCUCCACUCCCCGCGGGCCCCGGCCUUCUCCUGCUGCCUGGCUGCUCACCGAGGAGGCUCCGGGGAGCGGAUUGAAAACACUCUGGAGGCCUUUGAGAAUGCGGUAACCCAGCGAGCUGACCUGUUGGAGCUGGACUGUCAGCUGAGCCAAGAUGGGGUGGUCAUCGUCUCCCACGACUCCAACCUCCAGCGUCAGUCAGGCCUUAACAAGGAGAUUCGGAACCUGAAUUCUGCCGAAUUGCCCUUGUACAAGGAGGAGCUGGAGGUGUACUUCUCUCCAGGCCGGGUUUCUCGGGGAACGGAUCGCCGGAUGGUACGACUGGAAGAGGUUUUCCAGAGGUUCCCCCGGAUGCCUGUCAGCGUGGAGGUGAAGGUGGCCGAUGACGACCUCAUCCAGAAGGUGGCCGCCCUGACUCGCCAGUACGGACGCAGCCACAUCACGGUCUGGGCUGCCGAGAAGAGCUGCAUCAUGAAGAAGUGUCGGAAGGCUAACCCCGAAAUGCCGUUCUCCUUCACUCUGAGCCGAGGACUGUGGUUGCUGUUUCUCUUCUACGUGGGACUGCUGCCCUUCUGCCCCAUCCCUGAGCAAUUCCUGCUCUGCUUCUUGCCCUCUAUAAUCAACAAGACGUAUUUCCCGUUUUGUUCUCGCACUGCCAACUGGUGUGCGGCAGCCUUCCUGCAAAGGUUGAUCAUGAGAAAAAGCCUGAUAAGGCAUCUGGAAGCCCGGGGGGUCCAGGUCGUUUUCUGGUGUCUGAAUGAGGAGGCGGAUUUCAAGGUGGCCUUGGGGCUUGGGGCCAGCGGGGUCAUGACAGACUACCCCACCGACCUGCGUCGUUAUCUUGACAGUCACUUCCCCUCUCCCUGAAACAGCUCCCGACUCCCCUCAGGGAGAUGGGGUUUCAAUUCCUUCCAAAAUCCGUGGGUCCCCUCGCCCCCUGACCGUAGUUACUUUCCGUCCCCCUGCUUCAUCUGCUCCCAAUAAAUAUUUUUUUAUGUA